AAGAAGAAUAAGAAGACGGCGGAGAUCCAGAGUGUAUCUAAUAUUCCUCAUCAACAAUCUAUUCUUCAUACGAGCUUUCUGUCUCAGCCUUCCCGAUCAUUCUAAAUUGUCUCACAGUUGCCGUCGAUCAGACUUCCAGACUUUUCGAUACAUUAUCUUUAACCGGCGAAACUAUUUGUUUGAUGGUACGAUUAUCUACCAUGUCAGAGGUACAUGAACGACCAAAAGUUACAGAUUCGCGUCAUCAUACUGUGCGUGAAGCACGACACGAGGAUAUCCCGUUAUUAGCAGACGUUGAGCGAUCAGCAGCUGAAUUAUUCACAUGUUUCAACGUUCCCGUUGGUGAUUCCGUCUUAGAUCCAUCAUUAUUAACGACCAUGUUGAAAGAUCAUCAUCUUUGGGUCGCUGUCAACAGUGAAGACAAACCCGUGGGAUUCAUUGGAGGCUUCAAAAUUGAUGGUAAUUUCCAUGUGGCCGAAGUCUCGGUUGGUAGGGAUAGUCAAAAGCAGGGAAUCGGGAAUACUUUGAUGAACAGAAUGAUGGCAGAUAUAGGAAAGGAGGGAUUUCCGGCAAUUACUCUCACCACCAACAUGGUUCUUCCAUUCAAUCGUCCUUGGUAUCAAACUUUGGGAUAUAUUGAGCUCAAAGCUAAAGAUAUUGGCAAGGAAUUGGCUCUUUUGAUUGAGGAAGAAUCACUUCACCUUGACCAUACCACUAGGUGUGCUAUGAGAAAGGACAUCUUCUGAACUUGGAGUAGGACGAAUCCUUUCUCUUUCUAGAACGCCACCCGCCGUAGAUGACCGAAUUAUAGACGGACGGUGUGCAGUUGUCUAAAAAUAUGGUACAUUGAUGUUCCAUAUUUCUCGAAGCAAUUCUUCAUCGAGCCCAAACAAACAACACGGGGAGAACCGCGCCACUUGAAUUAUCUGUCAGGGAUCAGCUGAACUGAUCACAACUGUACCAUGCUAUUAGAGGUCGUAUAACUUGAUAUCUUACAGUCCGAACUCAGGGAGAACUUACAGAUUUUCCACGCGGAUGUCGGCGUCAGGGAAAAAUCAUCGACGCAAUAUCAGGAAUAGAAAGAGUGGCGCAAAUAUUUUCCAAUCAGCAG